UCCUGCAAGCUCUGCUCCUCAAAGCACGUCCCCGUCAGCAGCGGUGACGUCACCUGGACACCUGUUAGCAAUGCAGCGUCUCAGGCUCCAGGGCCCUCCAUGACUCCCGUGCAUGUAGCUGAGCACCACAGACGACGCGAGACCUGGACACAGCCCUCGCUCCCCGCCCCCCGCCUCCCAGAGAGAAACAUGCAGUGUGGCUGCUUGGCCAGGGGCGUCCCCACCAUCACGGGCCACUCCUGGAUCUCAGGCCUGGCCGUCCCUGACUGGGCCUGUAAGGCCGGCUCGUCCCCGGGCUCCCGGCAGAUCCAGCUGUGGCACUUCAUCCUGGAGCUGCUGCAGAAGGAGGAGUUCCGCCAUGUCAUCGCCUGGCAGCAGGGAGAGUACGGGGAGUUUGUCAUCAAGGAUCCCGAUGAGGUGGCCCGCCUCUGGGGCCGCAGGAAGUGCAAACCACAGAUGAACUACGACAAGCUGAGCCGGGCCCUCAGGUAUUACUACAACAAGAGGAUCCUGCACAAGACCAAAGGCAAGAGAUUCACAUACAAAUUCAACUUCAGCAAGGUCGUCGUGGUCGGCUACCCUCUGUGGGAGGUGCGGACACCACCAGUCCCCCACCUGCUGCUGGGGGCCCCCGCCCUGUUUCAGCCAGGCCUGAUGCCCCUGGACGUGUGGGGUGAGCAGCCCCUGCACUGGGCCGUGGGGCAGCCGCUGGCUGGACAGCAGAUCCCCCGGGGGCCACCGGAGGCAUCUGAGGACGAGGAGGGAAGCGGCAGCAGUACCUACGGGCUUGGCUCUGACCCCCGCCCCUGCCAGCUCGGCCCCUGCUGCCAUUUGGGGAGCCCCCCAGAAAAUCUGCCCAGUCUUGCCUCCUUCACCCCUCCGCUCCCAGCCCCUCUCCCCUCCACCUGGCGCCGCCUCCCAGGGCCCCUCAUGCCCCCUGCCCCCCCAGAGCAGCAGUUCCCAGGGUCCUCCAAGCCAGACACCCUGCACCCAGGGCUUGUGUGCCCUUCAGUGGCCUGGCGUUUUCCGGGGCUUCCCCUGCUGGCUGGGCUGGGAUGGGGGCUGGUGACAGGCUUGGGCUCCCGUCCCUGAGGUAAAGGCCCGCCCUCUGAUGGGGGCAUAGGGCACCUGUAUCCCUCGGAGAUGCAUGGACCCCAAACGGUGGAGGAAAGCCCUGUGUCCCCAGUCAGGAGAACUCUGAAGCAGUGUGGCCCUUGAACCCUCCUUAACUGGGAAGACGUGACAUGGGGACCCCCAAACCCCAUCCCUUUGGUCCUCCUUCCCACUGGCUGUCCACCUUCCCUGGGUGGGAAUAGGUUGAGACUGCAGGAGGAUUUGAAGAGAUGGGCUUGGACCCAAGGCGAUGGGGGUGCUGCCGGGAGGUGAGCGUGUGGUCCUGGGAAACUGAGGCACAUGCCCCUCCCCGCCCUCCAAAUGGCUAAUCAGAUUAAGGAGCCAUUCUGAAUCUCAGCCUUUUGAGGGACAUGAGGAUGAGGUUUCCCUCGUGGGAGGCACCCAUACCUGCCUAACAUGAGGGGACAGACGUCACAGGUCUAGGCCAGGGGUCAGCAGUUGAUUUGUCUCCUGAGUCCCAGAGAACGCCUUUCUUCUCUGGGGCCCAUGUCCCGUACCACGGCCAAGGUCUCCACCCCUCCUCCCCUCCGUGCACUUCUCUCCCACCACUCUGAUUUCUGGGAGCUCUGUCCCACAGGCACGUCCUCCUGUCUCCACUUCCCCAGGACCCCAGCAGGUGGGCUAGGAGGACUCGGUAAUGCCCACUGCAGACCACGUGUGAAAUGGCCGUGGCACAGGCCCUCUCGGCUGACUUCCCGCUGCCCUUCACCUGGGCUGGCUGCUGGCUGAAGGUGAGGACGGGGUCUGGGGCAGAAGUGGAAAUGAGCCAGCCCGUCUGCUCCUCCUGCUGCCACCACGUCCCAGGGAGAAACCAGCCUCAAGGAAAGAACUAGAGCAGAGCACGGUGUUUAGGGAAGGCCCCUUGGGUCCCUGCUGGACACCUCCCAGCAGCGUUCUAAAGGGUUGGUGGAGGGAGGGGUCACUCCUGCUCUCAGCCCUGGGUCCUGAGAAUGACCAGGGGAGCCAAGUGAAGAUUUGGGGGGUGGGAACAGGGGGUCACACGACAGAGUGUCUUGUGCUCAACCAAGGAAAUGCCAGCAGAGAACAGUAUUCCAGGAGCCGAGGCAACUGAACCAUGUUGCAGUCCUGUCUCCAGGCCGCCGAUGGCAGGUUCAGGAGUUGUGUCCACUUCCUACGACCACAGCGGGACCGAGAAAGCACAGAGGGUCCCUCUGGCCGUCGUUUGUCCCUGUCCCUCAUCCAAACAGGGCACUUCCUCCAUCAGGGCUGCCCAUGCAUUGGCUUUCUGCUGCCUGUCAGUCCUCCUUUGUGGCAGGUGUGUCAUUGUCACAAACGGGAAUUGAGAGACCCAGGGUAGGACAGGGUUAGGCCUCACCCCACAGAAAGGUUGAGAAAGCGAGGAACCAGCUCCUGGGUUUCCAAGCUGGACAUGGAAAAGGAUGCAGGAGCGUUGCCUCCCCGAUCACCCCAGAUGCCGGCAGAGGCGGGGCCUCAGUGUCCUCCGGGGAGGUCUCAGGGGCCCCAGAGGAAACUGUGUAUCACUUGCUCACAGCUGCAGGCCAGCCCGAGGGACAGGGUCCCAUAGCGGGGGACCCAUGUGCCCGCUGCCUGACCCCUUCUCAGUGGUGGCGGUUGCUGUGACCCCCACAUUUCAGUGGAUGAAAAAUGCCUUGCGGUCACUGUUCUAAGCUUCCCUGGUGGUGGGUGAACCCAGGAGACUGAAGGCUCCGCCCUGGAGGCCAUACCUGCCAGGCAGCAUGC